UCCUUUUGACUUUUUUGUUUGUUUUUUUUGUUAAUUUCAUCUUUUCUUUACAAUCAAAAUGAUUAUGAUUUAAUUUGACUUUAAUUUUGUGCUUUUGGCCUUGCUGUCGUUUUCGUUUCGCCUGGUUAUCAUUUUGUUUUGUUUAUUUUGUUUAUUUUGAUCCUGCCGUUGCUUUGGUUAUCCUUUUUGCUUGAUUUAUUAUAUUUCGUGAGCUUUUCUAUAAAAUUAUCAAAAUGGAUAGUGACGGUUAUUAUUGGUUUGACAGUCCAACCAUGGAAUACGGGAUUGAGGAAGAUGAGCCAGAGGAUGACCAGGAGGAAAGCCAAACCGAAUCACCUUCUCUUCCAUCUUUACCGUUAUCUUUGCAAGAGCAGCUUGCGUGCCCAGCAAUCACCAAUACUCAGAGAAACCAAGCAAUGUCCAUGAAAGAAAUAGACUCUAAACUGAAUAAUUUAAGAAGAGAAAAUUUCGACCUCAAAUUAAGGCUCUUUUACGAGAAACAAAACAAAGGAGUUCGUCGAUCAGAUGGCGACUCAUUCAUUGAGAAAGAUUAUGAUAAAUAUGAGAAGGCUCUGGAGGAAUACAAAAGAGCACUAGAGGCUAAAGACCACCAGUUAAAUUUAAUGAAGAAUCGCCUGGAGGAGAAUGUUAAAGACAAAGAAUUUGAAUUAAAUAUUUUACGGACGGAACGUGACGCUUUUGCCAGUGAUCUUCAAGUGACCACAUCAAUUUGUAAAUCAUUUAUGUCUCAUCUUUAUGAUGUGAGAGACUUUUGGACAAGGCAUUUGAAAGAAAAAGGCAUCCAACAAAAUGAAAAUUUCAUUGAUUCUGUUAAUUAUUGGCUGAACUCAUCUGAAGAUCUACUUAACUCUGCAUCUGUCCUGAUUUCAGAUGAAUUUGAUGGUGGAAAUGGUCCACAUCAAAGACGACUCUAUCCAGAAAUGUUUAAUAUGAUUGAAAAUAGGAACCGAGGUAAUCCCUUGAUUGAGAUUAAUUUGGCUGAUAAAGAAAGAAGUGAAUAUUUGAAGCAUAAAAAUUUUCUGUACAAUAUUUCAUCUGAAUCGGAGGAAGAAUGGUCUGAACCCGAUCGUAAUGUCUCAAAAUCACGAAUCGGAAUCGAAACUUGCACUGAUUUGAACACGCUUAACUCAGCAGCUCGAGUCCCUCUAAAAAGUCGAAUGAAAAGACUUUCUAGUUCGGCAGGUAUGUCAUCACUUGGCUUAUUAUCGGAUUUCAGUGAGUUUAUUGCUGAAAGACAACGAGGCCGUCAUAAAUCUAAUGUUAAUAAAGUAAAUGAGGCGACCCAAACGUUAGUUUGCUCGGAUGAUUUGGAUAAAUUAAUCGAUUAUUGUCGUAAAGAUGAGCUUAAACGUUUCAGCAAUUGCCACAGUCAAACUGAUGAAGAUCUCAAGAAACAUUAUCAAUCAUCUCAAUCUUGUCAAACGGUGUCUAGAGACGGCAUAGAUAAUGGUUCACAGACUGAUGUUGCCGAAUCAAAAUGUGAAGAGAAAGGCACAGAAACUGAACCAAUGUGUUUAUCCUCAGUAUCAAGUCAAACUGUUGAAAUAUCUACUGAAAAAGGUGUUCAAUUUGCGGAAAGAACAAAGUCUCAUUCAGACAAAUACUCUCUUAAUCAUGAAAACCAACAGCCACAGCAAUCUCCUUAUCAUCAUCACCAUUACCAUCAUCAUCUUGACAUAAAAAGCCGGCUUUCACCUACAAGUACCCAAAACCAAGCCAAUACAAAGAAAGACUUGAAUUCUAGUCAACAGUUAACUAGAUCACCUUCAACAUCGCAACAGUCACUCUUUUCAUAUAAAACCAUUUUAACACCAAUGACUAAACCCAUGUUUAAAAAUGUUGAUUACUCAGAAUGUGAAUAUCUCAAGGAAAUGGAUUCAAAAACAAGCACUUCUUCACUUUCACGCUCCAAUUACAAAAACACUACAAAUGAUAAUCGGUCCAACAUGAAAUCGCGUUACUCAAGCUGUGAUGAUAUCAAUUUUGAUCGAUCCAUGAAAUUCAACAAUCAUGCGGAUUAUGCUCAAGAUGAAACACCUUCCAAUAAAAAAUUCUACAUGACAUCUUCCUACUCUACCAGUAAAAUAUAUGAUAUCAUCAAUAAUCAAGUGAAAGGAAUCAACAAAGGAAAAAAUUUAUUCUCAAUGGAAAAGCUUAAUCUUAAAGGUUAUACUGAUAAAUCCUGUGGAAAGGGAACAGGCGAUGAUUCAGAAAACUGUAAUUUAUCUAGUCCAGAUCUUGGUAUUGGUGAUUCAGAUCAAGACAUGAACAGUACAUUGCGAGCUUACAUUUCACUCGGUCAUUACCAGCUUCUUCGUGGUAAUUUGAACCAAUUGUCAUCCUAUCUCAAUUGUUUGGAUAAUUUAUAUCGAGAUUGUUUUCUUCUUCAAUCGAUUAAUCUAUCUGAAUACAUGGCUGCUAUGAAACCAAAUCUUGCUAAUUUAAAUCAAAUAUUCAACUCGUCCCGAAACAUUUGUAAAAAUUUUACAAUUGAAGAUGAAAAUUCAAUUUCAUUGCAAUUAGAAAAGGUGAAAGCAAAAAAGGAAAGCAUGGAAAAAGCAAUUACUCGCCAAUUGAGGAAAACCGAUAAACUUUUGCGAAAGGCCAAGUUAAAUUUAAAAGAAAGUUAACCAAUUAAUCAAAAUGGCAAUCAAGGCAAUCAUCAUUAUAAAUUGGAAUAUAAAAAAAUUAUUGAAUUAAUAUGCUUGUCAUGGUAAAAGUUGAACUGAUCUUUACAUUUAUAAAUAUUUAUUCAUUUAUUACAUAGAAUAGUUUUUUUGCUGAAUUUUAUUAAAUUUCAACUAUUUUGAGUUUGAUAAAUCGAGGAAAACACUUGAACCUCGUCUAUUCACAGCAAUCAAAACAAUUACUAGUCUUUAUUAUUUUCACCUCUAACUAUUUCCCUUGUUUAUUCAAAUUUUUCUCAAUUAUUUGUACAAAUUUCUGCAUAUUUGAUAAAUUAUUAAAACUAACUACAACUUGAAUCAAAA